UGGCCCAGUAGCAGCAGCGGCAGAGUUGCUUUUACCGUUGUAUCUGUGGACCCUGUACGCUAGCUAGCUAACGUUACAGUGGAAAAUUUGGAACUGGGAUUUUUUUCCCGAGCCUUUGUGUUAGACUUUGUUGACAACACUAGUUACUACGUUUGACAGCUUAUUUUCCCUACCAUAACCUAACCUCUAAAGUAAUGGACUCAGACGAAGGUUACAAUUAUGAAUACGACGACGAAGAAGAGGAAUGCAGCGAAGACAGUGGAGAAGACGAACCCGAAGAAGACACCCUAGAUCUCGGGGAAGUGGAAUUGGUUGAUCCUGUAGUGGCUGGUGGAGAAAGAGAUGACUGCGCUGAGACAGGGGGCAGUGGCCUUGGGCCUGGUCAGGAUGAAGAGGACUACCGUUUUGAGGUCUUGACCACUGAACAAAUUCUCCAGCAUAUGGUCGAGUGCAUUAAAGAGGUCAACGAGGUCAUCCAGAACCCUGCCACCAUUACCAGAAUACUCCUCAGCCACUUCAACUGGGACAAAGAGAAACUUAUGGAAAGAUACUUUGAUGGCAAUCUGGAUAAGCUCUUCUCGGAGUGCCAUGUUAUCAACCCUAGUAAGAAGUCCCGGACACGGCCCAUGAGUACCAGGUCCUCUGCCCAGGACAUGCCCUGCCAAAUCUGUUUUCUCACCUACCCAAACACGUACUUUACUGGCCUAGAAUGUGGGCACAAGUUCUGUAUGCAGUGCUGGGGUGACUACCUGACCACCAAAAUCAUAGAAGAAGGGAUGGGACAGACCAUCUCUUGUCCAGCGCACAACUGUGAUAUUUUAGUAGAUGACAGCACAGUCAUGCGACUUAUCACAGACUCAAAGGUGAAGUUGAAGUACCAGCAUUUAAUCACAAAUAGUUUUGUUGAGUGCAAUCGACUGUUAAAAUGGUGCCCUGCGCCUGACUGCCACCAUGUGGUUAAAGUCCAGUACCCCGAUGCCAAACCCGUUCGCUGCAAGUGUGGACGACAGUUCUGUUUCAACUGUGGAGAGAACUGGCAUGACCCAGUGAAGUGCAAGUGGUUGAGAAAGUGGAUAAAGAAGUGUGAUGAUGACAGUGAAACAUCCAACUGGAUCGCAGCAAACACAAAGGAAUGUCCUAAGUGUCAUGUGACCAUAGAGAAGGACGGCGGCUGCAACCACAUGGUGUGUCGGAACCAGAACUGCAAGGCGGAGUUCUGCUGGGUGUGCCUGGGACCCUGGGAGCCACAUGGCUCUGCCUGGUACAACUGCAAUCGCUACAACGAGGAUGACGCCAAGGCAGCCAGAGAUGCUCAAGAGUUGUGUGUGGUGCAGCGUUCGCGGGCGGCCCUCCAGCGCUACCUCUUCUACUGCAACCGCUACAUGAACCACAUGCAGAGCCUGCGCUUCGAGCACAAGCUCUACGCCCAGGUCAAGCAGAAGAUGGAGGAGAUGCAGCAGCACAACAUGUCCUGGAUUGAGGUGCAGUUCCUGAAGAAGGCCGUGGACGUGCUGUGCCAGUGCCGCUCCACCCUCAUGUUCACAUACGUCUUCGCCUUCUACCUCAAGAAGAACAACCAGUCCAUCAUUUUCGAGAACAAUCAGGCUGAUCUGGAGAAUGCAACAGAAGUUCUUUCUGGAUACCUGGAGCGAGACAUCUCCCAGGAUUCGUUGCAGGACAUCAAACAGAAAGUUCAGGAUAAGUACAGAUACUGUGAGAGCCGGCGACGAGUGCUGCUGCAGCAUGUGCACGAGGGAUAUGAGAAGGACCUGUGGGAGUACAUCGAGGACUGAGUGCUGGUGCGCUGUGGCGCUGGUGGACAACUCUCCGGAAGAAGAUCGCAUUCUGGAGGAAACGACCUCUGCAGCAUCCGUAUCAGCAACAACAGCAGCAACAGCACUGUGGCCCCAGCAUCCCACGCUGAUGGGCCUCCUCUCUUGGCAUCUCAAAACUUCCUGCUUAUCUCUUAGCCGUUUUUCUUUUGGUUGUUUGUUUUUUUUACACUUCAUUUUAUUCAGACAUCUACCUGAAUAAAUGAUAGAAUAAUUCAAACCAUCCCACAGCAGUAUUGUUUGCAGCAGAGUUCAUUGUUGAGAGGGCAAAACCCCGCAUAUAUAUUUUCUCCUCUCUGCACAUUGUUAUUUUUUUCUGUGAGUUUGUUUUUAAUAUACUUUAUUACCCCCUUUUCCCAAAGUAAUUUCAUUCAAAAUGCCCAACAUGGCUGAAUGGCUGGUUUUUAGGCACAGCUCAAUCUGUCCAAGCCAUGAGUGUGUUAAUAUUCAAAUGUAUGAGUGUUUGUGUGUGUGUGUAUGUAUGGGUGUGUGUGAGCGUGUGUGUAAAAACUGGCCUAUUUUUGGGGGUGGAGAAUGUGGACUUGCUGAUUGUACAAGUCAACCUAUAUAGGAAGUGGGUGAGGUCACGAGGCAAAGGAAGUCUGUAUUUUUCAAAUUGUAAAUAGAUUACAUGCAUGGAACAUGGAGUGGCAUGCAUCA